GGCUCAGCGUUGAAACCAUAGUAACCACUUGAAAACAAUAUGGCGGACGGAGAAGGGGUUGUUUUAUGGAAUUCUACCGAUAUUUUCAACAUUUUGAACCAGGUUUACAAUCAUAUUCAAUAAAACUUUAUAGAUUACUUAGCUGGAUAAAUUAUCAUUGGUUUAUUGUAAACUUUUAGUGUCUAAGCCUUUAAAUAUUGUAUAAUCGACUGGUAAACAUGCGACUGUCUGAAACUAUAUUUUCAAUAUUUUGAACUAGAUUUUAUUAAUAUAACCGUAUUCAGUAAAACUAUGUAAAUUACUUGUAUAGAUAAAUUGCCGUUAGUUUAGGUAAAUGUUUUAGUAUUUAAAUCUAGAUUUCCCUGGCGAUAAAUUUAAAUUAUCUAAUUGUGUUGGUUUUUCCGUUUUUGUAAAACACUAUGUACGUAUGUCCGUGUUUAUAAUUUAGCUACUUAUAAUUUAGCAGUGGUUCUAAUAGUACGCCCGAAUCUUCAAUUAAUACUUCCAGACCUGCCAACUCGCAUGGUUUUGUUGUGAGACCACGAUUUUUAAUGCUUUCUCUUGGCCUCGCGACAAAGUCUUUAAAUCUCACGAUUUUUUAGGAAAUCUGUUCGAACUAUAUUUAUAGGCUUGUAAUAGGUAAUACAACCCUUGUUUUCAAUUUUUUGUAGAAACAUUGCACUCAGUGCCCAAUGAAAUGAUCAUGACAUUGAAUUUUGUUCCAAGACUUCCAAAAUUAAACACAGUACAUUUGAAGAAUAUGUUUAGCAGAGACAUUCAUGAUUUUAAAAAUUCGAGCUAAAUAAAGAUUCUGAAAUCUCGCAUUUUUUCCACAAAAUCUCACGCCUUUGUAAAGUACAACUCGCGAUUUCUGCCUCUCUGGGGCUGACAGGUCUGCACUUCUUUGGGGAACUUGAAAAUCAGAAUAUCUAGGAAAAUAUAAAUAAAAAAGUUGUUGAUAACAAUUUAAUACAAGUGAUGUAAUAUUGUGUUAUAUGUUUUGUAGACAGAUAUCAGAUAUCCAAGACUAUGUGAUCCUAACUAUUUACUCCUGCUCGGUAAGUUUCCUUAAAGACGCACAGUACUGGAAGAAUAUUUUAUGCAGCAUUCAUAUUUUAAUUAGCAUUCAAAUAACUUGGGUCAAACAAACAAUUAUUGGUUUCAGGUUUCCGAACGACCUGACCUAGUCCAACUUUCCUCUUUUAAAAAACUAUGAUGCCUGUUAACAUUUUGUCUGUUUUAAUUGUGUUUAUUAAUGAUAGUUUUAAACCUGACUCUAUGUGAUGGUCUAUACGUUUGCUAUAUGUUUGCGGCUUUGUGCCAUACACAGUACUAAAUUUAAUAUUAGAGAGUUUGAGCAAGACAACGAAGUCUGACGACGACGACGUGUUGACAAUUUUUGCCUGUGUUGCACAUUACCUUGCGCAUUCUGAGUUUAGGGUCAGGAGUAAAGACAGAUUAGAGAUUCAUGUCUAGCUGUUUGUGAAUGCUGACCCAAAUCCUUACCCUGAUCAGGAUAAAACAGCGAGAUAUGAAUCCAUAUCCCGUCUUCGUCUUCUACCUUCGUUCACAACGAAUAUUUUGGCAAAAUUCGUUGUGAACUUCGUUCUGCACGAAGGCAGAAGGACAAAGACGGGAUACAGUUUCAUGUCUCGCUGUUUUUUUCUGCAUCAGGGCAAGAAUUAUGGUCAGUAUUCAUAAACAGCGACACAUGGGAAGACACGUUGUGCAACCACCAGCGACGUCCAAUUCAGUAUGCGCGGCAAGAUAAUGUACAGACGGCAAAACUUGUCAAGUAUGCCUUCGUCUUCGUACUUCGUUGUCUUGCUCAAACUCUCUAAUAUUUAUAAAACUACAUAGCUAUGAAACUGGAAACCAAGUUUUUAUUUUUUUCGCCUUCAAAUUUUCAAUAAUAAAUUUGUCUGUCUAAAAAGUAUUCACCUAACUAUUAAUUUUUAAUUUUUUUUCUAUUUUAUCCAAUAAUGAAGAUACCAGAAACAGAAAGGACUACAAUGAAAGUCAUAUUUUAACAGCCAAAUAUGCUCCAAGGGUAAGAAAACAUUUAUAUGACACAGUUAUUUAUAUUGCAAUCAAGGCCGGAUUUUGGUGGAAAGCUCACGACCCCCAUGGAAAGUUAGGGCUUAGAGCGGGCCAAAGUCAACGUGACGUAUGCUGACGCAUAGAUGAAUGGCUAUCACUGUUUCAAUUUUACAGAAAAACUUUCUUACGAAAUGCGGACCAUAAGCAACCAAAAAAUGUCAAAUUUCACUUUGAUUUAUCAUUGAAACGUUCCCAAGGGGAGGUGUGUCACUUUCCAGAGGAGAUACAAAAAUUCUCAGAGGUGAUGCAAAACGAUCUCAAGGGAGGUGCGGACCUCUCCACACCUCCCCUCAAAAUCCGGCCAUUAUUUUACCACAUUUGGGCCGAAAACGGAAUACAAAAGUAUACAAAAUUUGCAAACUUUGAAAGGCUAUAUUUUCCGCAUUUUACAACCAAACUUUGCAAUUUUACUCAUUUUAGGAUUCUAGCUGUGGUGAUUUAUUUGCAUCGCUCAUGCCUAGUUUUAAAAUUAGUAUAUCAUGGGAAUUGUCUAUCCCUUUUGCCAUCCGCAGCUUUUUAGUAUUACGUGAAGUAUUUAAGCUACAGAAGUCACUUCUUGACUCUCUCUGGACCUAUCAAUGUUGCUUUUGAAGGAUUUACAAUAUUUUUAAAUCGUUUCAGAAUGAAGCUGGAUCGUUCCUUGUUCCAUAUGAAGCAGAACUUCAAACAAAAAGACAUUGUAUUGUGUACGACAGUCGCACAAACUCACUCAAUGAAAAAGGUAUUAGGAAACUCUAAGGUUUUCAGAAUUAUACUGAAUAGGUGGCUGUGUUAAUAAAUUAGGUGCCUGUGAGGAGGAGGCGUUCUUGGGACUGGGAGUCUUAAAGUCAUCCAAAUUAAUUAAAGUAUAUUUAUUAUAGAUAGCAACACAACUGUGCUCUGUAACCAAAUUUGAAAAUUCCAAAAUGCGUCCAUACAGCAAUAUGAUUGUGUAGCUGCGUAUAUAGUUUUAAAGUGCCCCUAACCUCAAUUCCUUUUAUCAUUUCAUUCUUAAGAACUUCUGAAUUGAUAUAAUAACUUAUUUUGAAGAUUUUCGUUUGCUCACUUUGUUUACAUACAUCUACACGAUGGGCUAGUAUUCCAAAGGUCGUAGGUUCGAAUCCCACCGUGGCCGGGCAUAUUUUUCAAGCUCGCCCGGUGUGGAUAUACACUCAGAGUAACACCACAAAUAUCAUUUACACGAUAUUACAGUUUGUUUGGUAUGCAAAUAUCCGGAAUUUAAGUCACAAAUUAUUUUUAUAUUUAGCUAUGCCAACUAGGGCAGGGUCACCACAACAGCAUAUGCCAAUUAGUGUGGGCUCUUUAACCUAACCCACCCUGUCAACUUUCCCUGUGGGAGGAAACCUGAGUACCCGGAGGAAACCACGACUUUCGGCAGAGCGUUGACUUAAACUCUUCACAUGAGGACUGGCUUCGAGUCGCAUUGAGAACGUUUUCACCGAGGCUUGAACCUGUGACCUUAGUGGUGAAAGGCAAGUGCUCUAACCACUUCGCCACCGAAGGAUGGCGGUGGCGAAUGCAUAAUGACUUUAGUAAAAGCUUGUAUACCGUAUUCAUUAUCGAGUUUAAUUCAUUAAAAUGAAGUUUGGAGUUGUGGGAGGAUUACAUAUCUAUAUGUAAAACACCAUUUAGCCUUUCUAUUUUAUGAUAUCUGACUGUACCUUACAUUCUUUGAUCAGUCAUUAUUCACAUGUGACGUAAAUUCCGGACAUUUGCAUAUCAAUAAAACUGAAAUAACUCAGAGACAAAGUGUGCAAACGGAAAUCUUCAAAAUAAGUUCCAAUAUCAUUGUCCUCACAAGAUGAACCUUUUCACCACAGGCAGUCCAGCAGUCACGUGUGCGAGAAUGUUAUGGGAUAAUGGCAGUCGAAAUCCUGUUAUUAUCAUAAAAGGUAAAAAAUGUGAAGAAAAAAAACGUGAGAAACUUCAGCUGAAUUUGGAAAGAACAAGUCUUUGUUGGAGAACUAUAUAAUGAGUGUGAAAUAUAGAUUGAGAAAUUUUUAUAAAGAAACUUUUCAAGCGCUGUUUUUAACUUUCUAAUUUAGGUGGUUAUGAAUUAUUCUCGGCACUUUAUCCGUUCCUGAGAACUCAGAAAAUUAUUUACACCCAGCUCGUAAGUCAACAACAACUGCUACAAAUGUCAACAUUUCUCAUGUUUACCACGUACCAUCUGCUGCCUUGUCUGAGUCCGUUCCUCAAACAUUUCUUACAAAUCCUUCAAAACUUAGAAUUUACCCACGCAAAGUGUUUCCGAUGUUACUCUGAGUUUGUAUCCACACCGGGUGGCUGAAAAGUUUGCCUGACCACGCGGUUGGAAUCGAACCCGCCACCUUUUGGAUACUAAUCCAAUCAAAACACACACAAAAAUAUCAUGAUCAUAAGAACACAUUGGUAUCGAAGGUACUAGACUUAGUUCCGAAAUACCACACACUCGAACCGACUUGACCUUGUAGCUCAGUUGGCAGAGCAUUGGACUAAUAUUUCGCGGAUUCGAUUCCCACCGUGGUCAGGCAAACUUUUUAGAAUGCCCGGUGUGGAUACACACUUAGAGUAACAUCAGAAAAAUUAUACUCACCUGAAUACAUAACAUCAAAACACACACAAGAAAUAUCAUUACCUGCGCAAAAUUCCUACUGUGAUCACAGAAACUUUGAUGGUGUAUAAACCUAAGUCUUAACUCUUACAGAAAUCCACCAAUAUUUGAGUUUCUUGUUCCAUUGUUUAGGAACUUGAUUCUUGUGAACCAUACCCGGUAGAAAUCAUUCCAGGUCUUCUCUAUAGCGGCACAUUGGAACAAGGAAAAAAUCCCGCUAUAAACAAAGCCUUGAAAUGCAAAGCGCAUGUGAACGUCAGUUGUCGUCAGGAUGUAUUGUAAGUUUGCACAAUAAAAGGCUGCCGUAGUUUGUGACUGAAGUACGCACGUAGAAACGCACAAGUUGUAACAAACCUGCAGCAGACUUGUAGCAAUGCUGUUCCAACAACUUGUCAACAGGAUGUGUUUGCACUGCUUGUUCCCAGCUUGUUGACAAGUUGUCAAAGGCUUGUUGGCAACUUGCUACAAUGUUGUUGAGCUCAACAGACUUGUUACAAGUUGUUCCAACAACUUCUUGUUGUCGUCCUGCAAUUCAACAAUUUGUCAACAAGUUGUGAGUGACAACCUUGUAGCAACGUGAUAAAAUAACAGCAUUGUUACAAGUUGUUGACAAGCAUGCUACAGGCCUGUUGCGAACACAUCUUGUUGACAAGUUGUGAGAUUUUUACAUGUAUAAAUGGAAAAGCCUUGGCGUUUCGUUACUAGGUUAGUGACCAAAUACCUUCUGACAACCUUAGCUUGACUAGAAACUCGAAGUGGCUUAAAUAUUCUUUUUCACGCGUAAAAUCUCACAUCUUGUAACAAGUCUGCUAACAAACCGUCGACAAGUUGUGUUCGCACUGCUUGUCCCAAGCUGUGAACAAUUUUGGAACAAGCUGUUAAAAACUUGUAACAACCUUGUUGAUAUUAUCAGAUUUGUUGCAAGGUUGUUCCAACAAGUCCGAUACAGUCAUGAUAUAACAAUAUUGUUACGACCUUGUGUCGUCAACCUUGUAACAUUCUUGUUAUAUCAUGACUGUAUCAGACUUGUUAGAACAGCCUUGUGCAAACACAACUUGUCGACAGCUUGUGAACAAAUUUGUAACAACUUGUUUGCAGACUUGUAACAACUUGCGUUUUUUACGUGUGUAGUUCAGGCACAACCACGACAGCUUAUUGUAUAGAAUACUACUUACACACGUAAAAACAUACAAGUUGUUACAAGUCUGCAAACAAGUUGUUACAAAUCUGUUCACAAGCUGUCAGCAAGUUGUCUUCGCACUGCUUGUUCCCAAUUGUUGUAACAAGUUUGGAACAAGCUGUUAACAACUUGUAACAAGCUUGAUGGCAUUAUCACACUUAUUAUAAGGUUGUUCUAACAAGUCUGAUACAGGCAUGAUAUAACAAGAAUGUUACAAGGUUGACAAUACAAGGUUGUAACAAUAUUGUUAUAUAUAUCAUGACUGUAUCGGACUUGUUGGAACAACCUUGCAACAAGUCUGGUAAUAUCAUCAAGCUUGUUACAAGAUGUUAACAGCUUGUUCCAAACUUGUUGACAACUUGGGACAAGCAGUGCGAAGACAACUUGUUGACGGCUUGUUGGCAGACUUGCUACUUGGCAGAUUUUUGCGUGUGUACAUUGGACCUCACGUUUGAUAGAUCUUUUCAGAUAUCGUAUUUGUUUUUAGUUGCAAAGAUGAAAACCCACUGUUUCAAAACAAGAUUUUUAAUAUUCCUGUUGAAGAUUCAAGCGAUGCUGACGUCCAUUCUUAUUUUAAAAAUGUUGUCGAGUUUAUUGGUGAGAAAAUGUCAGACAUGAUUUGUUCCAAAACCUUGUAUACUACCGAUGGAUGGUAGUAUAAGCCGGGCCAUUAAUAGCAAAUAAGAGCAACAGUACAAAGUCAAUCUUUUCAUGUUAAAAUAUUAAAGUUAACACAAUUUCUUUUUACCCAGAUGAAUCCAGUCAACCUGGCCAGUCAGUGUUGGUUUGCUCCGAGCUGAAUUUGAGCCGUAGUAUCACUGUUGUUAUCGCGUAUCUUAUGUGGAAGAAACAUUGGACAUUAGAAGUAAGACGGUAUACUGCAGGAUCGUGUAGAUUGUGACUACUGUGACUGUCCAUUGUUCUCUCUAGAGCUUCAGUCAUUUAUUUCUUCUUUCUUCUUAGACAUCCAGUAAGGAUAAUUUUUAUUGGUCCAGUGCUACCAGAGUAGCGCCAGGAAUUUCUCGAUGGGCUUAGGUCCCCAACGGUGACCUGUGUCCCCCACUCCACUUCCUUUCCUCCACCCUUGAUUAUAACUUGAAAAACCUUAGCUAAAGUAACUUUAUUUAUUCCUGAGAGUUCUAUCAGUUUAAAACUGUUCUCCCAAGUCAGUUCCCCAUAUUGCUCCGGUUUUCCUACAGAAGGAAACCUAAAUUAAACUAAGUUUAUUUAUAUUUUUAAUUGCUCUAUCGGUUCUGAAAUGUUCUCCCUAGAAGUCCAGUAAGGAUCAUCUUUUAUUGAUCCAGUGUUACUACAGGAGGAAACCUAACUAAACUAACUUUAUACUGGAUAGCUCUAUCAUUUUUAAACUGUUCUUCCUAGAGGUCCAGUAGGGAUCAUCUCUUAUUGAUCCAGUGUUACUACAGGAGGAAACCUAAACUAAACUAAUUUUAUUUAUAUUUGAUAACUCUAUCAGUUUUGAACUGCUCUUCCAAGAGGUCCAGUAACAGCUUCACGUAUUGUUCCAGUGUUACUACAGGAGGAAACGGGAGUACCAAACGGUGACCUACUGCGCUUGGUAAAGUGCUUGAACUAACUGUAAACUUAGUUUCUUUCUAUUUGAAUUAAUCUAGAAGGCGUACACACACGUGAAGAAAUGUAGAAACAACAUGCAACCAAACCGAUCAUUCAUUGAGCAAUUGUCAAAAUGGGAAGACUGUCUUUAUGGCCAUAUUGUGACAGAUAUCAGUGAACCUAAUUACUGAACGACUUUAACUAACUUUAUGUUUUGUAGAUAUUUACGUUAUAUGUGCAUAUUUGAAUAGAAAAACUGUACAUUUGUAAAGUUUCAAUCACGGGAGAAUCUGCACAAUGUUUUCAUCUGCGGAUGUUCAUGUUUAGAUGCAAACAACGGCCCGUGCGCUAUUGUGCCUAUUUUUUCAUCGUGCAUUGCUCGCGCGAAACUCGCGUGGUUGUCUCGAUAUUCGUGAUCAGUCUUCCGCCAUCUUUGUUUAAAAUUGUUGCAACAGUUUGUUAGUUUCACUUGAAAAACCGAGAUGUUUCGUGGCUCACAAGUUUGCUUCCUUGCCCUCCGUGGAGCUGCAAAAACCACGAGAGCAUUCUCAGUAUCUGGUCAGG